AUGUCAAAAGACAUCCGUGAUAUUAUAAAUAUAGGCCAUGCUACCGGUUCGCAUGUGUCUAAAAAUGACAUUCUGGGUACACAAACGAAGAAAAAGAUGUUGUUGCCAUCAGCUACCCGGCAGACGCGUCGUCCCGAAGGAAUGUCCCGGGAAUUGUAUUCCUUGAUGUAUAAUGGCCAAACACCACCCGUGACUGAAACCGAGAUUGGUUCUAAGUAUAAGACUGAAAAGGCGCGUUUGGGUAUGCAGCGGGUUCAACCAUGGGUGUGGGCUCCAUUUGUGAACCCAGCACGGGAAGAUGGCGUUUGUUUUUACCGUUGGCGAAAAGUAGCUGACGAGGGUGAAGUGUAUCCAUUUGCAAAAUUCAACAAGAAAAUUGAAAUUCUGAAGUACAGCAAUAGUGAAUAUGAGAUGUACUUACAAUCAACUUCAUGGAGUAGAGAAGAAACUGAUCGUCUUUUUGACAUGUGUGAACGCUUUGAUUUAAGAUUUAUUGUUAUUCAAGGAAGAUGGAACUACGGGGAGUAUGAAAAUGCUGUCAAGCGUACUACUGAAGACUUAAAGGAUAGAUAUUAUUCUGUGUGUAACAUAUUAAUAAAAGUAAGAGGUGGAAAUGAAAAUGAUAUAGUAAUAUAUGAUGCAGCACAUGAAACACGUAGAAAGGAACAACUUAAUAAACUUUAUAGCAGAAAUCCAGAUAAAAUUAAAGAAGAAAAAAUAUUAUUACAAGAACUACAAAAAAUUGAAACAAAAAAACAUGAAAGCAAAACUCAAGAUAAAAAAAGCUCUGCAAUUGCGGUAGACAAAAAAAGAACUGAUCGUAAAAUCUUGAAAGCAGUAAAAAGGAGUACACACCAAAACAAACAAUACACUUUGCCAGUAAAGGCAAGCAAAACAGAUCCAGAAAAUUUCGAAUUUGUUCCAAUUAAAUUUCCUGACGGUAAGAAGACUAGUGGUGUGUUCAAACAAUCGCAAAUGAUGAAAAUACCUUCAAAUGCAAACCCAAAGAAAGCAAAAACUGUUGAAAAAGUUCUUCAAUCUCUAAAAAUAAAGCCAAACCCUAUACCAACUGAGAAAAUUCGUCAAAAUUAUAAUGACCUACGAAAUGAAAUUGUUUAUUUAAAUGAACUAAAGGAAGCUUGCAGUUCUAGCACAGCUGAAUUACUAAAACUAAAAAAUCAAUAUAAUAAACUAAAACCAGAUAGUGUUUUGGAUAUUGCCCCGGAGUUGAUGCUAAAAUUAACUGCUUUGAGUUUUAAAGAAGAUAAAGUUGACGUUGGCACUAACACUGAAAAUACAAAUUAACUGAACAAUCAUCUAAGUAAACUUGUUAGAGUAGUUAAAU